AUGCGGCUGCUCCUGCUCGUGCCCCUGCUGCUGGCCCCGGCGCCCAGGUCCUGGGCUCCCAAGGUGAGACGGCAGAGUGACACCUGGGGGCCCUGGGGGCCCUGGAGCUCCUGCAGCCGGACCUGCGGAGUGGGCAUCAGCGUCAGGGAGCGCCCCUGCUUCUCCCAGAGGAGAGAUGGGGGCUCCAGCUGCGUGGGCCCUGCCCAGAGCCACCGCUCUUGCCACACCGAGAGCUGCCCGGCGGGUGCCAGGGACUUCCGGGCAGAGCAGUGCUCCCAGUUCGACAGCCAGGACUUCCAGGGAAGGUGGUACAAGUGGCUGCCAUACUACGGAGCCCCAAACAAGUGCGAGCUGAACUGCAUUCCCAAGGGGGAGAACUUCUACUUCAAGCACAGGGAGGCUGUCGUGGAUGGGACACCCUGUGAGCCUGGCACACGGGACGUCUGUGUGGAUGGCAGCUGCAGGGUCGUGGGCUGUGACUACAACCUCGACUCCUCAAAGGAGGAGGACAAGUGUCUGCAGUGUGGGGGUGACGGCAGGACCUGCUACCCCGUCACAGGCACCUUUGAUGCCAAUGACCUCAGCAGAGGCUACAACCAGAUCCUCAUCAUUCCCGCGGGGGCCACCAGCAUCCGCGUGGAGGAGGUGGCGGCCAGUAGGAAUUUCCUGGCGGUGAGGAGCCUGCGGGGAGAAUACUUCCUCAACGGGCACUGGACCAUCGGGGACGCCUGGGCCCUGCCCGCGGCCAGCACCGUCCUGCACUACGAGCGCGGGGCCGAGGGGGACCUGGCCCCUGAGCGGCUCCACGCUCGCGGCCCCACCUCCGAGCCCCUGGUCAUUGAGCUCCUCAGCCAGGAGCCCAACCCCGGUGUGCGCUACGAGUACCACCUGCCCCUGGGCAGCUCGCGGUCGGGCUUCCGCUGGAGCCACGGCUCAUGGAGUGACUGCAGCGCCGAGUGCGGGGGAGGUCACCAGUCCCGCUCGGUGUUCUGCACCACUGACAACGAGGUCUACCCUGACCACAUGUGCCAGCAUCAGCGGCGGCCGGCCGACCACCGCCCCUGCAGCGCUCACCCCUGCCCGCAGACCAAGCGCUGGAAGACGGGGCCCUGGUCGCCCUGCUCGGCCUCCUGUGGCGGCGGCUCCCAGUCCCGCUCUGUCUACUGCGUCUCAUCUGAUGGGGCAGGCGGCCAGGAGGCCACCGGGGAGGCGGAGUGUGCAGGCCAGCCUGGGAAGCCCCCUGCCACCCGGGCUUGCAACCUGCAGCGCUGCGCAGCCUGGAGAGCGGAGCCCUGGGGAGAGUGCUCUGUCAGCUGCGGUGCCGGGGUCCGGAGGCGAAGCGUCACCUGCCGCAGUGAUGAGGGGUCUCUGCUCCAUGCCGCAGCAUGCCCCGUGGAGGACCGCCCCCCCAUCACGGAGCCCUGUGUGCGUGAAGACUGUCCCCCCAUCCAGGACCAGGCCUGGCGUGUAGGCGCCUGGGGUCUGUGUUCCAAGAGCUGCAGCACGGGGACCCGGAGACGCCAGGUCAUCUGUGCCGUCGGGCCUCCCAGCCACUGUGGGAGCCUGCAGCUGUCCAAGCCCAGGGAGGCCGAGCUCUGUAACACACAGCCCUGCCAUCUGCGUCCAGAAGUCCCCAGCGUGGAGGAGGUGCUCGAUGGCCCCAGGGAUCCCCGGAUGUCUUUGGGCCCUCAGGUGGCCGCCAACCCAGAUUCCAGAGACCAGUGGUGGCUCCCCCAGGAGCAAACCUUAGUGCAGGGUAAUCCCAGAGGAGCCCAGGGCCUCCACCUGCCAGGCCUAGCCCCCUCUCUGCCACAGUCCCUGCACCAGCAGCCACCGCGGUCUGGCUUGGCACCCCAAGACUGCAGACACAGCCCCUAUGGGUGCUGUCCUGAUGGCCACACCGCGUCUCUUGGGCCACAGUGGCAGGGCUGCCCGGGAGCCUCUUGUCAGCGGAGCAGGUACGGGUGCUGCCCUGAUGGGGUGUCUGUGGCUGAGGGGCCCCAGCACGCAGGCUGCGCAGGGUCUUACAGCAGUGACAACACCGGGAGAAGGCCGGGGUCAAGAGCGGUGGCUUCUUCGGCCCCCAAGACCCACCAGCCCCGGGCUCAGCAGAAUGAGCCCAGUGAGUGCCGGGGCUCCCAGUUUGGCUGCUGCUAUGACAACGUGGCCUCUGCUGCUGGUCCUCUUGGGGAAGGCUGCGUGGGCCAGCCCAGCUACGCCUACCCUGUGCGGUGCCUGCUGCCCAGCGCCCACGGCUCCUGCGUGGACUGGGCGGCCCGCUGGUACUUCGUCCCCUCUGUGGGCCGGUGUAACCGGUUCUGGUACGGCGGGUGCCACGGCAACGGCAAUAACUUCGCCUCCGAGGAGGAGUGCAUGAGCCGCUGCCGGGGGCCUCCCGCCGGGGCCCGCGGAGAUGGUGGGGGCCGCGGUCCCGGGGGCCAGCAAGAAGCCAGAUGGCAGAGGACGGGGGCGACGGUCCAGACGAAGCCCUUGCCUUCCGGUGGCGUCUCGUGGCGAGACCGAGAGCCUGGGCCGAGGGAGGAGUCCCACGCGCAGGCCUUUGGAGAGCGGCCUUGGCGCGGGGAGCUGGGGGCCAGCGCCCCUGGCCUGGGCGGAGAUGCCGGGCGACCAGCGCCACCUUCCGGCAGCUCUUCCUACAGGAUCAGCUUGGCCGGCCAGGAGCCAUCCCUGGUACAGGCGGCCCCGGGGCAGUUGGUGCAGCUCGUCUGCCGAGGUGAUGACACCUCCCUGGAGCCCCAUGGCCAGUGGCAGAAAGACGGGCAGCCCGUCUCCUCCGACAGGCACAAGCUGCAGCCGGAUGGCGCCCUGGUCAUCAGUCCCCUGUGGGCAGAGGACGCUGGCAUCUACAGCUGUGGUGGCAGCAGGACGGGUGGUGACUCUCAGAAGAUCCAGCUUCGUGUCAUAGGGGGUGAUGUGGCCGUGCUGUCUGAGGCUGAGCCAAGGCACUUCCCUCGGACCAGGGACCCAGCUCAGCGCCACAGUCCUUGGGAUUCCAGCCUAGUGGGGGACAGAGGGGGCCCAGGGGCCGUCUCCUCCUUGCAACCUCGGCCCACGACCAGGCUGCUUCUGGACAGGAACCAGCCCGGGGUGGUGGACGCCCAACCAGGCCAGCGGGCCCGGCUGACCUGCCGUGCUGAGGGCUUCCCGCCCCCCGCCAUUGAGUGGCAGAGAGAUGGGCAGCCCCUCUCUUCCCCCAGACACCAGCUGCAGCCCGAUGGCUCUCUGGUCAUCAGCCACGUGACUGUGGAAGACGGUGGCUUCUAUGCCUGUGUCGCUUUCAACGGGCAGGACCGAGACCAGAGAUGGGUCCAGCUCAGAGUUCUGGGGGAGCUGACCAUCGCAGAGCUGCCCUCCGCUAUGAUGGUGCCAGAGGGGGACACGGCCAGGCUGCUGUGCGUGGUGACAGGAGAAAGUGUGAACAUCAGAUGGUCCAGGAAUGGACUGCCGGUGCAGGCCGACGGGCAUCGCGUCUACCAGUCCCCAGAUGGCACCCUGCUGAUCCACAACCUGCAGGCCAGAGACGAGGGCUCGUACACGUGCAGCGCCUACCGUGGAAGCCAGGCAGUGAGCCGCAGCACCGACGUGAGGGUGGUCCCGCCGGCGCUGCCCGGCCAGCCCGGGGCCCUCGGAAGGGAGUGUGUGGACCAGCCCGAGCUCGCCAACUGCGAGCUGAUCCUGAAGGCCCAGCUCUGCGGCAACGAGUAUUACUCCAGCUUCUGCUGCGCCAGCUGCUCCCGCUUCCAGCCUCCCGCUCAGCCUGUCUGGCAGCAGGGAUGAAGGCUGGCCACGGGCCCGGUCCUGAAGCAGCCCUCGGCCUGUGGCCUCUGGCUGGC